UUAGCAACUUGAUUACGGCAAUAUCACGGUAUAACGAUGAGGAAAUGUCAUCAGGUGUGCCGGCAUACAUCGUGUUCACGGCCAGUUCACGUCACGUAUAAAGCCUGACAAGUGCCUAUUCGGCGUCUUAUUCUGCUCUCCAUCGUAGUCCGCGUGUAUCAUUCCGUUAAUAAACCAUCAUCAUCACUCUGUCUUUAGUGCAUUCACCCAUCUAUCUUCCAUAAUUUGUUCCAUGUGCGCUCGGACAGAUUAGUUGCCCGGCAAAAAAAUCACUGUGAUGAUGUAUAUUCCUCCGGAAAUGUUAAACACCACCGUUCAGCGUAACGACUCCGGGCCGCAAAACCAAUCAAACUCUUCCAUACCCAUCCCGAUCGUGGCCAGAUGGACCGUCCUCCCGGCACUGGAAGUUAUCAUCUGUAUCUCGGGUUUGAUCGGCAACUCCCUGGUUUUAGGGAUUUUUAUUAAACGCGGUAUGUUAAAGCAGCCCUUCCACAUCUACCUCGGCAAUCUCCUCACGGCCAACAUCAUCUGGCUGAUCUUCCAGAUCCCGCUGGACGUCACCAACCAGAUCUAUCCGGUGUGGUUUUUGGGGAAUGCGGCGUGUGCCAUAUACCAGUACGCUAUCAAUGUGCCGGGCGGGGUCACUACCAACACCCACCUCCUGAUCGCGCUGAACCGCAUCUGGGCGGUGCAAUCACCGCUGACCUAUGCCCACCAUCACAGCCGCAGCUUCGCCCUGGGCGCCUGUAUUGUCGUGUGGAUUCUAGCGUACGGGAUGGGCGUGCCCGGGAUUGUCCUGCACGCCUACAACACCCCGGACUAUCCGGAUAAUUGCCAGUUGAGUACUGCACCGGCAGUCAGUCAGUGGUUAUUGACCAUCCAGAUUAUUAUCUACGACAUCCCCAAUGUGCUGAUGUUGGCGUUCUAUCCGUUCUUGGUGUGGAAACGCCAGCAGCGCAACCGGAUUCGGCAGCAGCGCAAAGCCCCGACCAAUACCAGUAUUAACGCCAUUGCCCAGCCGAGUAGUGUGGGCACCACCGCCGCGCCGUCCGAUAAGAAGACCGGGCGGAGUUCGGAGAAUUAUAAGGGGUUUAUUUUGUUGACGUUCCUGACGGCGGGUGUGAUGCUCUGCUGGACACCGUGUAAUGUUAUAUAUACGGCAGGCGGCUUCAUCGACGUCAGCACUUGGACGUUGUCGACGCAGAUCAGUCUGUUCUUGUUUGAUCUCCUGCCCGUGGUGGAUCCCAUCAUGUUUGCUCUGAUCUUUCUUACCAAUAAAACGGGCGGCUCGGAGUGAUUAAAGUAUUAACGUUCACGGAAUACGAUUAAUUCCGCGAAAACGUAAAGCGUGCAAAUAUUUAUAUCAAGUUAAAUAAAUGGGCAUGCCGAAAUCUUGUUUUUGUGCGGAAAAUUGUACUAAAUACAUAGUUUUUGCAUGUGAUUCGAUAUAUGGCAACUUAUGCAUCGAUGAUGUUGUUUUUCUAUUACGAUAACUGAAACUGGGCUGUUUGAUG